AAUCAUCACUAACCAUAAUCACUUCUGUUUCUAGAACCCCAAGACUCUCUCUCUCUCUCUCUCUCUCUCUCUCUGUUAAUUGCAGCAUUCAUCGUAAAAGAGCCAGAUUUCUCACGCAAUAUGGGCAAGCCUCCGUGUUGUGACAAGAAUGGAUUGAAGAAGGGGCCAUGGACGGCGGAGGAGGAUAAGAAACUGGUCGAGUACAUUCAGAAACAUGGGCACGGAAAAUGGCGCACCCUCCCGAAAAAUGCAGGGCUCAAGAGAUGCGGAAAGAGUUGUCGCCUGCGGUGGACGAACUACCUGCGGCCCGAUAUCAAGAGAGGGAGGUUCGCGUUCGAAGAAGAAGAGACUAUCAUACAGUUGCAUGGUGUUUUGGGCAACAAGUGGUCGGCUAUCGCGGCUCAAUUGCCCGGGAGGACCGACAAUGAGAUCAAGAACUACUGGAACACCCACAUCAAGAAAAGGCUACUCAAAAUGGGAAUCGACCCGGUGACUCACCGCCCGCGCCUCGAUCUUCUUGAUCUAUCCUCCAUCCUCACCUCAUCUCUUCACGCUCAUUACAGUUCACAAUUCAACAACGUACCAAACUCUCUCAACAUGAAUGGAUAUGCUGUGAAUCCGGACCUCCUAGACUUGGCGACCACUCUCUUCUCUUCAAGUUUCAAAAGCCCAGAGGUGCCCCAAAAUGUCCAAGAAAUUACCCCAGAAGUUCUUGAUCAGUUCCAGUAUUCGUUACUAGCAAACCAGCUUCAUAACCCACCAAAUAAUUCCCAUUUCCUAAAUGAAAACGGACUCAUGCACUCGAAUAAUGCUAGGGAAAGUCCCCCAUCAAACCCCAGUAAUUUCGUUAGUUGCCACCAAAACCCUAUUCCAAGCUAUUGGCAAGCUGAUGGCGAUAUUCAACAUCAGCACAUGAACAUUGCUGAAACUCCAGUUCCUGUGCCAAACCAUGAAUUUGACGGUUCCUGUCGGUUCAAUAUUGACCAUUUCUCGUCAGGACCUUAUGUUUUUCAAUCAAAGGACGCCAACAGAGUCCAAAACUUCGUUCUUGGCUCGUCAUCUCUUUCGUCACCUAUGUCUAGCUCCCUCACUUUGAAUUCGUCAUCGACGACAUACCUCAGUGGCUGCAACAAAGAAGAUAGAGAUGUUCACAGUAGUCAUAUUGUGUCGUCUCUGUAUGAUGCUGCUCCGAACAGCUUUUAUGUCAACGGAAUUAUGUAAGCACGCAAGUUCGCCUUGUGCACCAAUAGAAUGUCAAGUACCUCAAUUAAAUCAAACACUUGACAAUAA